UUUUUUAUGACUGCAGCGCUGCCAUGCAUGCAUGUCGUGCCUCUGUUUGUGUGCAGAAUGUUGAAAUUUCAAGCAGUUUUUGAAGGAGAUGUGGCAAGAGAUGUUGAAGAAAUAGAUGGAAAACAAGAGGUACUGGUUCGAUGAAAGUGUGGGGAAACAGACGCUGGGGAUAAAAUUGCAGGGAAAAAGGCACUGUGAUUAGAGAGAGAGAGAGGAAGAAAAAAGAGAGAGAUUGUAAGGCGGAGGAAGAGGAGGAGGCAGAAGAGGCGAUCUACUGAAGGGAACCAGCAGAAACGCUGAUUUUCAAAACCCUCGGCAGCUGCCUUCUGUUGCUGUGGAGAUGGGCUGUUGGCUCUCUGGACCAUGGAUGGGUGACCAAACGAUGAGUGGGCGGAGUCUAGCACACCUAAGCCAGCGGGAUGCUUUGAGGAUUAUUGCUGCGAGUCAGCGCCCCAUCACCUUGCAGAUCAAGGGCCAGAGGAGGCUGGGCAAUGAGGGAGACAGGGGAUCCUGGGAACCCCUGCCGCUCAACCUGCAGCACCUCAACCUACCUCUUCCAAUGAGGGGGGCAGGAAUUAACACAUCUAGCCCCUCCUACCCAGACAGACAUUAUUAUGGCCAUCUGUCUCUGCCACAAGAUCACUGUGAUGGAGGACGGUACAGCUAUAUGUCCAGCUCCCCACGGGACACUGUGGAAAUCAACCAUCAGGAUCUUGAACUUGCCAAACGUCGACAAAAAAGAAGGAAUUGCCUGAUGGGAUGUUGCAAUCCUGACUCAGAUGAACCAACAACUUGCCACAGCCAGACUGAUGAUGAGGAUUUCAUCUUGGAGAAGCCAUUGGGUUACAUGCCCCUUCAUCAUGAGCUGGACAGUGGUCUGGGCUGGACAGAUGGCUCCCUCCAUCAGGGUGAUCUCUCAGGGCUGGAGACAGAGGAGGGAGGUCUGGAAGACUGUCAUCCUCAUGGGAACUUUGCCACUGCUGGGUGCGGAGGGUUCGGAGGUGGAGGCUCUCCAUCCUCAGAGUCUUUCAUCUCCUCGGAACUCAGUGAUUCAGGCUUCUACAGUGUUAGCACCGGGGAGUUCAGACACUUCCAAAGGCUUCUAGAGAAGAGGAUGCGUCUGUACAAUGCCAGGAUGCAACAUCAGGGUGAACCAUGUGAGAGACGCGAGAGGCGUGACAGCUGCCCCAAAAGCCACAGAGAGCUGCUCGAGUCGAUACCAGAGGCCCUGACGAUGCAGCCCCCAUGUCAGCACCUGCAACAUGGGAUGGAGGAUGGAGGUGGGCCAGUCAUGGACGUCCAGCCUCGUGGACUUUUCAGGGUUUCAUCGGUCCAGUUUCAUAAAGCUGACCGACCCUGUCUGAACCGCCACAGCUCUAGCAGUGGAGCUCUCUUCAACCCUUCUCACGCCGCAGUCCCACGUAUAAAUGCCCCGGUCCUCUCCACCUGCAGCACACCCUCCAGCCAUCGAAGACCACAAAUACCCAUGCAGCAGCAGUACAACCACCAGGGUUCAAGCUCAGUUGGCAUGCUGAGGAGAAGCAGAACCCUACACCAUCGACCGCCUCCGCAGGAAUACCGCCGCCGGGCCAGUCACCCAGCAUCACCUUCGUAUUGUGCUGCAACUCUGCACUACUGUGGAGGUGUCACGCCACACAAUGUCCUUCCACCGGGCCUGCCAGAGGAAGGUGAGCUAGAUCCUGGUGUGAUGGCUUCCCACCCAACAGGCAUGGCUCUAUCACCCCAACAACACCCAGCUGCUUUGGGACACGUCAGGGGCACCAACUCCAGUGAGCGAUGCUAUGACAACUCUGGUGGUCAGAUCACACAAAAUGACUGGUGGCACACUCAAGAUAGAAGUUUAAUGCCUGAGCCAGCGAUGGCAGAAAGAGAGAGGGAGAUGGAGAGGGAGCUGGAACAAAAGAGACAACUACAAAAGGAAAAGGAGAUUGAAAGGGAAAGAGAAAUUGAAAGAGAGAGGGAGAGGGAAAGAGAGACAAAGCUCCAGGAGGAGAAGGAAAGAGAAAGGCAACUGGAGCUGGAAAGGAGCAGAGCUAGAGAACAGCAGCACCUCCAGAGUAAUGUCCUCCCACUCCAGGCUGGAGACGUCAACGACACCUGGCCAAAGCCAGCCAGUCGUCAGUCGUACGGAGGUGGAGGAGGUAGAGGUCUCUACAGCACGUUAGAGGGCCACACAGGGGUUGGAACUGCUGCUGAAUGUGAGGCAAAAAAUGGACAAAUAAAUGCGAAUUCAAGUUAUAAUGCCGGUUCCGGUCUGCAGGCAAAACCAAACCCAAGCUCUAGAGCUAACACAACCUCACGAGUCACAAGGAGCCAGUUGCUCAGAGAUCGAGCUCAUCAGCUGGCAGAUGAACGGAGUGGAAUGAGCACUGAUGAAGAGACCAACACUGACAUGCUGCUGGGUCGCUACUGGAGUCGAACAGAGAGGAGAGAACACUUCCUGUUGGCUCGGGAGCAAAAGCAGCAACAGCUGCUGGCCAGAGGCGGGCCUUUACGAGAAGCUGUUAGCCGAGGAGCAGCAUCUAUAGGAGAUGGAGGCUUAAUAGAAAGCAGGGGAGUUGGACCUUUUGCUGAGGGUCGAUGCAAAACUGUCCUGGAGCUGAGUCAACGGAAGCUGAGUCGUCUGAGGAAUAGAAAGCUGUUGGAUGACUGGACAACCGUAGAGGAGCUGCUGACUCAUGGGACCAGGUUGGACAACCAGGAGGACAUGUUGUGUCCAAGCUCCUUGUUGACAGUCACCACUGUCUAACUGGACAGACACAAUCUCUAGUUUAACCUCUGAGUGUGUGCGAUGUUAAACUAAUGAUAUAAUAUUAUGUGAAUCUGCCUGUUCCGUCUUCCUCAGAGUUAGACAAGAACAUGGAUGUCAGCUGAAGUAGACAUCUAGUAGAGAAAGAGAGUUUUGGGAUUGGUGGAAGGGCCACUUAGACUUGGAGUGAAAACAAUGUGAAAGAAAAUCACCAAUGUCUCUUUAGUCCAUUCCAGGCAGGUAUCUUUCACCCAAUGGAACUGAAAAUAUAAAGCUGUCUUGGGUUUCUUGCGUCACUUCAAUUAGACAUGUUUGGAAUUAUCAGUGGGUUUAUUAUACCAUUUGUAAAACAGGAAAUACCAAAAGUCUGACUUUUGGUAUUUCAAUGAGAAUUGUUUACUCAAUUCAGUUUUUUUCCAAUUGCACUUCAGUAUCCCUCAAUAACCCCAUAAGAGUAUGACUGCAGUGGGUGUUUUGAUAAUUGUGAUAUGGUUCAAUGCCCAGGCACUGGGCAUUGAGUUGUGUGGGGUCAGGAGCAUGUAACAACAAAAAAGCAUGUCGGUUCUAAUCAAACCAGAUUUAUAUUGAUUUUUGCAUGUACAGUCAAUGGGCAGUGCAGAAGCUGUUAAUAAUGCUGGUUGGUGUCUGAUUCCCAGCUUUCAAUCUAGAGCGAAAUUAAAAGGCUAUUUAUGUGAUGUUUACAAUAUUAAAAAACUGGACUAUGUUACUCUACCCUGAUGCAAACUCUUUGAAACACAGUUUGUUGAAGGUUUGCUUUACAAAAUUAGUAGCAUUGUUAAAUUUCUAUAAACUAUACAACUCUAUCCAGCAGUUGGGGGUUAAUGUGAGAUGUAGAUAGUAAGGCUUCCCCAGGGCUCAAUUAAUGCAAGAACCAUCACUGCUUGACUGUUUUCACAGAUUGUCAAAUAUUAUUUUUCCAAUGACAUUUUUAGUGGAUUAUGAGCUGCUAGUAAAAUCUUGGGGGACUUCAUUUAUUAACUAAUUACCUCCAGUAUCUGAAGUGCAAAGAUAAAACUGACAUCCAUUCUCUAAUCUCUCCGUGGAAGACAGGAAGCAAGAUACUUCACACAAUUGUUGUAUUGUUCUGUUAGCAAAUAUGUCUGAAGGGGAAAACUUUACUCUCAUUGCUUUGCAUAACCUCAAUUGAUAGCUUUAUGUGUGGGUGUGUUACCACUGUAUAUCACUCCGGUCAAAAUGUGAGUCAGUGCAUGACGCUUGAAAUGACAAACAAAUGAGCAAGGUCAUAUGAGCUGGUGUGUGUUUGCACCAUGUGAUUCACGCUUCAUCCAAUGCUAAGUAUAUUUUACUGAAUUUUUUAAACAUUUACAAAUAUUUGGGUUUGAACCCCUAACAGGCCAUGGGGUAUUUGGAGAGCAAUACUAUUUUAGGUGUAUUUUCUUGUCUGUGCACUUAAAACAAAUCACAAAUUGCUUUUAUAUCAAUGGCAAAGAUACAAAUGAACUGUAGCAAAGCAGACAAUUACAACUUGGAGAUUUGAUACAAAACCUUGAAAAAAUUAUCUUUUUUGAGAUCGUAACAGUGUUUAAAAAUAAUCAGUAUAAUUUUGUGCAACAAAAAUAAAAGUGUGUGGAUUAGUGGUAAGCAACAGUUUUUCAUGUAGAAGGUUUGAUGCUCAACUUUAAUCUGUUAAAUCAUAUGCUGCAAUGCUUGGCCAGGACUUUAUGCUGCACUCAUGUUACAAAAUUUCAAUCUAAUCUACAUGCAUAUGACAGCAAAUAUUCCCCACUUUAAGAAACCUAAUUAAGUGAUUUGAAAUCAAAGCACUCAUUAGUAAAAGUAGUGUUAUACCAGUCACUAUUUUUAAUAAUCUCUAAUUAGAAUCUACUGUCUGGACUGAUAAAUGUUCAGAUAAUUACCAGGACUACACUAUUAGUAGCGUUAAUUGUUAAUAUUAUAAUUAUCAUGUCGCUUGCUGCUCCUGCUAUUUUCAGCAACCAGCAUCUUUUACCAGCAAUUUAAAACUAAAUACAUUGCUGCAACCGGACUGGAAUCUGGUAGAAUUAGAAACAUAACUACAUACUGCUAAUAUUUUAUUGAAUAUUUUCUACUUGAAUUAAAAAAACUUUUAAUUCAAAGACAUGCAUGCAGCAUAGAAUUGUUAGUCUACUUUACUGCCAGGAAUUUUAAAAUCAGCAGGAUGUUUACAGAUCUACGCAUAAAACUGUUUAUGCAUGUUUACUCAAAUCCUGAGUGGCAGUGACUGAGGAGAAGGGGUUUUUGAGAUAAGACGGGAGAACUCUGAUAGACUUUACAUAUGGGAGGAUGUGCUGAUGUCCACAGCGUCUGCUUUGCAGGUAGAGCUUCAGAGACAUUCCACUUCCAGCUGGUGACAGAUCCACAGUUCAGGAACAAGUGCAAUAAUACCUCAAGUUAGUUUUAUCAAGGUAACAAUGGUGUCGGCUUUUCAGCAAAUGCAGUAAUUUGUUUUAAAUCAAAACGGAUGCACAAAGUGAUAAGACACCACAAGUGCACAGUAAUCUUGGAGUUUGCCAUGGCAACAGCUAAGGUCAUACAGAUAUUUACAGUGUUUUCCAUGGGAGGGACCUAAGAAGAAAAGAAACUUUUUGCACAUCAUUUUUAUAUAAAAAGUUUUCCCUACCUUUCUGUACCAGGGACUUAGGCCAGUGGAACAACUGUAGAUAGAAUGACAGUGUUUGUUGAUGUUUUCUUUAUAAAGUAUCAUCGUGAUUUAUGAAGGAAAAAAGUAGUUUAUUGUGGUUGUGUUGGACAUAUUUCAAUAUUUUUCUUGUGAUGGUUUCAAAACAAACGUGGACAGUUUUAAUGAUCUUUAAAUAUUUUAAUGUCAUUUAAAAGCUAGUGAUAUUUUCAUUUACUUUUCUUAUGACAAGAACACAUUAUAUAAAUAUUAUUGUCUCUUUAAAUGGAUUUUUGAAAUUGAAUUUACUGUUGUUUUGUGUCAUUAUGACAUGUACAUAUUGAUUUUGUCACACAGUGCGACUGAGGGUAGAGUUUGAGGAUAUGAUGGUGCCAUCUGAUGCCUCCAGUGGUUUAUCAUGUGAUUCUGUAGACUUAUAGCUGUGUUAUGGAGGCUGUAUAUACAGCACAGGGAUAAAAAUUGUAUUAUCGUUAGAAUAUUUAAUACAUCAUAUGUCCUUGUUCAUAGAUGGUAUUUUUGUUUGUUUCUAAAACUUAAGUGUGCUCUCCAUAGGUUUUCCAAUGUAAAGAGAAAUUCUAGUUUUCAGGUAUGAUUUUGAAAGAUUUUGUGCAUCUGACUGUUUUAAAUGAGGUUGAUGAUGUUUUUAUGUUUUAUCCUCUCCAUCUUUGGAUAUUAGCUAUUUUAUGAUAGUAGGCUAAUGGAAAUGAGAACAUGGACAAUUUUUUUUUUUUUUUUUUUUUUUCUACCCUAUUUUUUAUUUCUUUUCAAAAUUUUGGAAGAUGUCUAAAUUUAUGACAUAAUUGCAUGAUGAAACAGAUGGCUUGAAGCCAUGUCCCAGGGAAUAUAGAUAUAUGAUAUGCUAUCUUCUUUUUCUGGAAAAUUUGUCAGAAAUCUGCAAGUGAAGUCAAUUUCAAACAAUUUAAUUUCAAACAUUGUUCUUGCUGCCAACUUUAACUACAAAAAGCUAGAUUGUGUCAAUUCAUUGUCCUUGCUUUGGUGAAACUGUUAUAUUUGCUACUUUUUUUUUUCUAUUUGUUGCAUAACCAUUACAAAGAAAACUUCACACAAGCUCUUUUGCGCAAUAUGUGAAGCUGCAACACAAAUCUCUUUAUGAAAAGAUCUGUCACUUAAACAUAAUGCUAAAAGAAAGAAGGUACACAUUUUGUGAGGGUAAAUCUUUUUGUUUAUGGUUAGGUUAAUAACUGUACGACUGGCAGGUUUAGUUAUGUUUGAAUUUGAUCAAAACAUUCACCCAUUGGUAUAGUUUUUUAGGAUAUAGGGUAUAGUUUUUUAUACACAGCAUUUCUUGAUAAAAUGAAAGCAAAACUAGAUAUUUUCCCCAGAAAUGUUACCCUCCCCAUCUUAUUUUCUUUUUGUAAAUGUCAGUGCUAUUUGCAAUUAGAAAAAACUUCUUGUUUAAAUAAAAAUCUAUUUUAAAUCUAAAUCCGCCAUGGCGAGGAAACAUUGAAUAUCCAUCAACAAUGAUGAUGUAUAGACAUAUUUAAUUAAAUAAUUAUUUCUGUUAAUUAUUAGGAUCUUCUGCCUAUAGAUGAUGAAAGCACAGCAUUUAAGAUUAGAAUAUUGCAUCAGAUCACCAAAAAAGAUCUUUAAUCUAGAAUGGCUAUUUUUUUUUUUUUUUUUACAUUUUUAAUCUCAUGAGCCUCAUUGGCACACAUAUUCUAAUUCAUUGAAUAUGACUGUGUAUUUUAUUCCACAAAUAUCCCCCAAUUUGUUCUUACUUUUAUUUAUUCAUAUGUCAUCUAUUCCUAAAAUUGAACAACGAACAAGUGGAAUCUAUUUAUUCUUUAUUCUGCUUUUAUUUUAUAUAACCUAAGCUCCAUGUUCACUCACACCUUGGUAAAAAUGUGUACACCUUAACCCUCCUGUUGUCCGAAAAUAACAUUUAGUGGAUCUUUGGGGAGUUUUAACACAGUGGCCGGUCAUUUUGACCCGAGGACAGCAGGACGGUUAAAUAAAUUGAUACAAACGUGGUGACAGCCAUGUUUGGACAAGCAGUGAUUUUCUUAAAACUAUUUGCUAGCUUGUAAAAAUCUCCGCACAUCUGUCAUUUUGAAGAGUGGCUUAAGAGAAUUUAUGUUCCAUUUCAUAUUUAUAUCACAGAAAAAUUGGAAGUAAAAGGUAAUGUUUAAGGAUGUCAAUAAUUUUGGUGCUGUUGUUUUCUUAAAAAGAAAGAAUAGAAAAAUCACAUUUUUAACCUUCAGGUUAAAUAUGCUUAAAGAUUAAAAUUUUUCAAAAUGUUUUAAAGUGAGAUUGUGUCGCUUUAUUAAUAUUUAUUUAUUUUAAGGUCUUUCCCACACAGGGAACUGUUUGUGUGAAGGGAACUGUUUGCUGAAUACCUGAAAGAGUCACCAGAUAAGCAAAUUGUGAUUUAACAGUGGCACCAGGUUAUUGUACUGUCGUCUCUGGGUUGAGUACAUUCUAUCUAACAUGGCUCCUCUUCCAGCCUUUGUGUAAGCUAUCUAUUUUUAGGUUGCACUAACAUUUGAUUUUUAUCCAUUUAUUUUAAGGAAAACAAAAACCCGGGUGGUUAAUUGAACAGCACUCAGUGAGUAAAGACUUAGAAUCUGACUUCCACUGUGUUUAUUCCCAUGUUCUUUUCUCUCUCAGUUGUGAUUCAAGCAGUCUGAAUAAUGUAUGACGAAGAGUGAAAUUUUCUUAACCGCCCACCCCCCUUCACCCUCUUUGCUUACGUUAUACAAGGACAUGGAUGGCUGAAAAUAGCACUGCUGUCCUCAUGUGAUGUGAAAUUAAAAGCACACUGGAGCGGAGACACUUGCUGCUGGGGAACGAAAAACACUUGUUCUACUCCAUCUGACAAUCCCUCCAUCCAGCCUGCAACACCAACCCCAUCUGUCUGUGCAAGGGUCCUUUUCACUACGGCAAGCUUUUUGAAAUAUGAUUAUGUACAUGUGAUUGUAAUAAAGAGAUUUUAAUUAGC